GGCAGACUGGUUCAGAAGCGCUUCAGCCACUGUUGUGUUCUGAGAGAGGUGAAGGGCGCAACACACCGACACUGUGUCUAUUCGCGACUCCGUCCGAGCUGAAUCUUUGCGGACUUGUGAAAGCUGGGACUCUGCGCGAUCGAGAAGAAACUUUUGAAAAGCAGAUAGCAUACAUUUUAUUUGUUAUUUCUUUUUAGGUUUGCGUUUAUUGAUUCAAUUAUUAGCUGAUUUCUUUUGCAGUCUUGGGAUAAUUUAUUUAAGAAAAAGCCGUCUAAUAGACCUUCUAUUUAAGGCGUUUUGAAUUGACAGUAUUCUGACAGUUUUGUUUCAGAAACAACAUAUAUAGCUAUAUUAGUUUAAUUCGUUUCCUAGUCAGUUCAGCUGAACAUAUCACAACUUUAUAAGCUAUAACUGCCUUGUCAUUCAAACCACAAUAAGAUAAAGAACCGUGCGUGCGCUUUCUAUAAAAGUUUUUCUCCGUUUUUAAUUUAUUUCAUUAUCUUGCUCAAGAUGAUGAAUACGAUGGUAAUUCUUGCCGAGUUCUUUGUGGUCAUUUUGAAAGUGCUCUGGGCUUUCGUUACCGCCGGGGCGAAAUGGGUGGUGCGACCGAAGGAGAAGAGUGUAGCGGGACAGGUGUGUGUGAUCACCGGGGCUGGAAGCGGUCUGGGUCGGCUGUUCGCCAAGGAGUUCGCUCGGAGACGGGCAGUAUUGGUGCUGUGGGACAUCAACAGCCAAAGCAACGAAGAGACGGCGGAGUUGGUACGGGAAAUCUACCGAGAACUGGACAGUGAAACCCCGAUGUCCAGAGACGGCGCGGUUGGAGGGUUAGAAGAGAUUCCUCCCUUCCAGCCGCAGGUGUACACGUACGUGUGUGACGUGGGCAAGCGGGAGAGUGUGUACUCCACGGCGGAGAAGGUGCGUCGGGAGGUGGGCAACGUGGACAUGUUGAUAAACAACGCUGGCGUGGUCUCUGGUCACCAUCUCCUGGAGUGUCCUGACGAGCUGAUCGAACGCACCAUGCGGGUCAACUGCCAUGCACACUUCUGGACCACCAAGGCCUUCCUUCCCAAGAUGUUGGAGCUGAACCACGGCCACAUUGUGACGGUUGCCAGCUCUCUGGGGCUGUUCAGCACAGCUGGUGUGGAGGAUUACUGUGCCAGUAAGUUCGGGGCCAUCGGCUUCCACGAGUCGCUGAGCCACGAGAUCAAGGCUUCGGAUAAGGACGGCAUUAAGAUGACGCUGGUGUGUCCCUACCUGGUGGAGACAGGCAUGUUCAAAGGCUGCAGGAUAAGGAAAGAGAUUGAGCCUUUCCUGCCUCCCCUGAAGCCAGAGUUCUGCGUAACACAGUCUAUGAGGGCCAUUCUCACCGAUCAGGCUAUGAUCUGCACCCCUCGAAUCGUAUACAUGGUCAACAUCAUGAAAAGCAUCCUGCCCUUCGAGGCCAUCGUUUGUAUGUACAGGUUCCUGGGUGCUGAUAAGUGUAUGUAUCCCUUUCUGGCCCAGAGGAAGGAGCUGAUGAACAACAACGAGGCUAAGGGGGACAUCUAACGGGAGGACCUGGAGGCACCAGGACUGAGGAAGCAUGGAUGAAGAGAAAUAAGACUGAAUCUAAACUGGUGCACUUUUGCAUUAAGCGGAUACAAAAAGAUUGACCGUAAUUGUUCUUCUGGAACGAUGCCAAGCUGUGUACAAAAACGCACCGCAUUUAUUGUUGACGGUUGUUUGAAAGAAACCAAUCAUCUAUAUACUGUGUCAAUAGUUUUUAAAAUUGUUAUUUUAUCAUAUGAUAUUUUUUUUUUUUUAAAGCUAUUCAGUAAUUAACUAUUUACAUAAUGUAGUCACCAGCUUUUUAUGUAGCGUCUCGGUGGAAAAUAUACAGUAUGUUACUGUACAUUACAAUCUUGUUACUUUUAGCUGUUUUAAUUUGUAGACAUGCACUGUAAUACUGACUUUAUCUAUAUGGCCAAGUCUCUAUGUCAAAACUACGGUUCAACGUGGCAUUUCCAGAAUUAUAUUACCCAGCAAACCCCUGAGGCUCAGUCUAACCAAUCACAACAUGAUGCUCCAAAUGGUUAUCCAAUCAUACUGAUCUUAGCUCGCCUUUAUGUAUUAUAAUUCCGCAGAAGAUUUUCUGAUUAUUCCAUUUAUUUAAAACCCGUUUACAACAUUUUAACGUUAUGCUAAGUUUACAAAAAAAUAUAUAUUUAAUUUCUUAAUUUCUUUUGUCGCCAUGGAACAUCCAAAACAGCAAAUCAUUGAAUUGUAGAGCAUGUUAUUAUUGUUUUUCUCCCCCAGAGAAGGUUUCUAUUCAUCUUUCCAGAUGAAUACUCCCAUUUCUCUCCUGUUAGAAUAGUGGUACAGAAUAUUGGAAUAUUAGUCUGCAUAUUGGCUGACCUACCUGAGGCUUAUCCAAUCGGGUGACACAUUUCAGAAUGUCCAGAUGGAAUGCUAUGGAAUUCAACCAAGUUUAUUUUUUUUAAAAAUAUUAUUUUACCUUUAUUUAACCUGGCAAGUCAGUUAAAGAACAAAUUCUUAUUUUCAAUGACGGCCUAGGAACAGUGGGUUAACUGCCUUGUUCAGGGGGAGAAC